AUGGUGGAUAACCGUCAUCAAGUCAUUGAUUUAGUGGGUAACACACCGCUAAUCGAAUUAUCCAAGCUACCCGCAGCUUUGAAUAUUAAGCCUAAAGUUUAUGCGAAAUUAGAAUUGUAUAAUCCUGGUGGUUCGAUCAAGGACCGUAUUGCAAAGUCUAUGAUUGAGCAUGCUGAGGCGGAGGGUAUAAUUAAUCCGUCUAGGACGACUUUGAUUGAGCCGACUUCAGGUAAUACAGGUAUCGGUUUAGCAUUGAUUGGUGCUAUUAAGGGCUACAGAACUAUUAUUACUUUACCCGAAAAGAUGUCUAAUGAGAAGGUUUCUGUGUUGAAGGCUUUAGGUGCUGAAAUUAUCAGAACACCGACUGCGGCAGCAUGGGAUUCUCCAGAGUCUCAUAUUGGAGUGGCUAAGAGAUUAGAAAAAGAGAUUCCAGGGGCCAUAAUUUUGGAUCAGUAUAACAAUAUAAGAAACCCAUUGGCUCAUUAUAAUGGUACAGGCAGGGAGAUUCACGAACAAUUGAACAGUUUAGGGCUAUUUAAUAAGUUACAUGGUGUCGUUGCAGGUGCAGGGACUGGUGGUACCAUUUCUGGUAUCUCCCGGUAUUUAAAAGAACAGAACGACAAAAUCCAGAUCAUUGGAGCUGAUCCGAAGGGUUCUAUUUUAGCUCAACCUGCUUCUUUGAAUGAUUCUGAUGUAACUGAGUACAAGGUUGAGGGUAUUGGUUACGACUUUGUCCCAGAGGUUUUGGACAGAUCUUUGGUUGAUUAUUGGUAUAAGACUGAAGACAAGUCUGCCUUCAAGUACGCUCGUCAGUUGAUUUCCAAUGAGGGUGUAUUGAUUGGUGGUUCUUCUGGUUCUGCUUUCGCUGCAUUAGUUCAAUACACACAGGAUCACCCAGAAUUGACCGAGGAUGAUGUUCUUGUUGUAAUCUUCCCAGAUUCCAUUAGGUCAUACUUGACUAAAUUUGUUGAUGAUGAGUGGCUGAAGACGAACAAUUUGUGGGAUGAUUCUAUCAUCGCUCCUCUUGCAAAGAAUGACGUGGACGCCUUUAAGGGUGCAGUCGUUAAGGAUUUGGACUUGAAACCCGUUGUUUCUGUUAACGAAACAGCUCCCAUUACAGAAGUUGUCAAAAUUCUCAAAGAUCAUGGUUUCGAUCAACUUCCAGUUUUGGCAGAAAAUAGUAAGAAAUUGGUGGGCUUGGUUACGUUAUCGCAAUUAUUGAAGAAAUUAUCUUCCGGUAAGGAUGUUCGAAGCAUCAAAGGGUUAUUCUACGACUUCAGAAAGUUAAAUAACUUUGAUGAGAUAUCUUCUUACAAUGAAAAUAAAUCUGGAAAGAAAAAGUUCGUCAGAUUUACUGUUGAAUCUACACUGUCUGAAUUGAACCAUUUCUUUGAAAGACACUCAGCUGCCAUCAUCACCCAGGGUUUGACUCCUGUACACAUUGUCACCAAAGUAGAUUUACUAUCCUAUUUGGCCUAA